AUGGACAUCAAUUCGCUUCUUUCGCCGCAGGAGUCAAAUGCGCAAUCGGGGCGUUCGACCUCGACCAGUAUCCCUCCUUCCUCCAACGCUUCCAUCCCGUCGGCAUCGGCCCCCGUCCAUAAGCCUCUCCGCAAGGGUCGCACCAAUGCUCGCCAGGGCAUGACGUCCUCACCGCUUGCGCAACACGUGUACGCCCCGGCGCAGUUACAAGAACCUUCCCCCCCGGCGAUGAGUCCCACCGUAGGUCCCAACAUGGGAGGAGGCAGCGGGACACCCCCCGCGACCGAUCUGCCACCGCCCCGACAGCCUUCCACGCCCGGCAUGGACACUCUGGCAGACCUGGCCUCCAUGCAGCACCACCAGCCGCAGCGCACCAAUGCAUCCCUUCUCCGAAGCACCGAAUCCUACGAAAGCCAGCUCUCCCCCUCCACCAUGUACCCACACGUCAGCUCCAUCGCCCACAAUACCCCCACCCCCCGAUCCUCCUUCGAUAUCGCCAUGUCGGAUGGUCCGAAGGAGAGCGCUCGGAGAAAUUACGCCGAUACCUCCCUCAUUCCCGAUGCGCAACGCUUGGCGACGGAGCUGUUCGCUCGGAUACAGGAAAACCCCCAUGACUAUGACGCCCACGUCAGUUUUGUGCGCCUCCUCCAUGAGGGUUUCCGGAACCAUAUCUUCCCGCCCAAUAAGCCCGACGAGAAGGGCAAUCCGCGCCAGUACGAUCUACUCAAAGAUAUGCGCACCGCGCGGGAAGAAAUGGACAAGCUGUUCGCCCUGGGCGAGGACCUGUGGGCGGAUUGGGUUGGAGACGAAGGCAUGCUGGCAGGAUCGGUGAACGAGCGCAUCGCGGUGAUGGAGCUCUGUCAGCGAUCGGUUGAAGAAGAAUACGGAAGCACCAAGCUAUGGGGAAUCUAUGCGGCCUGGGUCUCCCAUCUGUACGAAUCGGCCAACAUGGACCCCAGUGAAAGCAACUGGACCGAGGAGGACCACCUCAUUGGCCGUGAGGUCUUCUCCUUGCAGAGCGUUUUAGACGUGCUGCAAAGAGGCACCGAGGCGACCCGAUGGAGGAUCAACGAUAGCCAUGUGCUUUGGGAUCAACUCAUGACCUGGUACAUGCGAGACCUCGCUCGCGAUCGGUCUCAAGAGAAGAUCAAUCAUAUGAUGGGACUGUUCGAUAUGCGGCUUCAAACCCCUCACAAGACGUGGCAACAGACCUUUGACACCUACUCCCAUUUCAUUACCGAGUACGCCAACGCGAACUACGAGAACAUCAUGGCGGAUGCCGUGAACCGGUAUGCGGAUGCCAAGCAGAAGUGGGAGGCGCGCAGUGAUUUCGAAGACAAGCUCGACCAAGCCGCCAACGCGCAAGAUUCGACCUUGGAAGCCGCCAUCUUCCGGGAAUACAUCGAGUGGGAAAUUGGUCGCUACCGUCGCAAGCGGAGUAAUUUCCAUCUAGUCAGUGCCCUCUAUCAACGCGCCCUUCUCCGGUUCCCCACCGACCCCAACCUGUGGGAGGAGUUUGUGAUGUUCCUCAUCGAUGAGUCCUUGCACGGCCACGCGGAUACGACCACGCUCUCGACUCUCGACCGCGCGACCCGACACUGCCCGAGCUCGGGCACCCUCUGGUCACAAUAUCUCCUCAGUUCGGAACGGGAGGGACAAUCGUUCGCGAAGAUUGCCGGGAUCAAACACAAGGCGACGAGUACUGGUCUGCUAGAUGUGGGCGGAAUGGAAGAGGUUCUCAAGGUACACACAGCUUGGUGUAGCUAUCUCCGCCGAAGGGCUUUCCUGUCCGACUCGACGGACGAAGACCUGGAUGUGGCGGAAGUUGGCAUUCGUUCAGCGAUCGAAAGCGUCCAGGAGCUAGGCGAAAAGAAAUACGGCCGGUCGUACCAGGGUGAUCCCUUGUUCCGUCUCGAGCGCAUCUACAUCCGUUACCUGAGCGAAAGUGGCAGCUGGGACAGCGCGCGCGAGACCUUCAAGGGUCUAGUGGGACGCCUGGGUCACAGCUAUGAGUUUUGGCUUACGUAUUAUGAGUGGGAGUUGAUCUCAUGGAGCAAAUUUGUGCAGGGCGAGGCCACCGCUGACGCUGCUCGACGCACCCCGAACCCCAGCUACGCCACUGCGGUGUUGAAGCAAGCAAUCAAGCGCACAGACCUAGACUGGCCGGAAAAGAUCAUGCAGGUCUACAUUGCGCACUGCGAAGAUUACGAGGACUCGGACGAGCUUCAAUACGCGAUUAUUGAGACCCGGAAAGCAAAGCGGAUGGUCGACACCCGGCGGGCUCAUGAAGCGGCGCUCGCUCAACAACAGGCACAACAGCUUGCAGAACAAGCGUCCCAGGCGGAAAAGCGCAAACGCGACGACGAAGCCAGUGUCAACGGUGUACCGACGAAGAAACUUCGCGCCGAGGAGGCUGCGGCAGCUGACGCGGAAUCGGAGGCGGCUACGCUCCGCCGAGAUCGCGAGCAUUCUACCGUCAUCGUAAAGAACCUGCCUCAUCAGACCACCGAGCAUAAAGUUCGACAAUUCUUUCGUCAUUGCGGCACUAUCAACAGUCUGAAAAUGCUUCCCGGAGAAGACGGCAAUUCGGAGACUGCCAUCAUCGAGUUCAAUUCGAGGGAUGAGGCGCUUGUCGCGCAGACUCGGGACCAGAAAUUGAUCGAUGAGAAUACGAUCGAAGUGCAGCUGGGGUCGAAUUCGACGUUGUUUGUAACGAACUUUCCCCCGACGGCGGACGAGAAGUACAUACGAGACCUGUUCCACGAGUUCGGCGAAAUCAUUGAUAUCCGAUUCCCCUCCCUCAAGUACAACACGCAUCGCCGGUUCUGCUACGUGCAAUUCAAGACCGGCGAGGCCGCCCAAAAUGCGACGAAACUCGAUGGGACGGUAGUGGGCAAUAACCUCCACCUGGUGGCCAAGAUCUCGGACCCAUCACGGAAGCAAGAUCGACACGGCCCCAUGUAUGAGGGUCGGGAGAUCCAUGUCUCCAAUGUGGACUGGAAGGCCAACGAGGACGAUCUCAAGGAACUCUUCUCGAAAUACGGUCACGUGGAGUUGGUGCGCAUCCCCCGGAAGGUCGACGGUGGCAGCAAGGGGUUUGGCUAUGUUGUCUUCUCCACCAAGGAGGAGGCUCAGGCGGCACUGGCCUUGCAUGAGCACGAGUUCCGUUCGCGUCCCCUCCAUGUGAAGGUAUCGGCGCCCCAGGGAGCCAAGCGCAGUGCGACGACGAUAGUUUCUCAAGUUGGGAAGUCGAUGUCACCCUCCGGUGAUGUCAAUGGGACCAAGGAAUCUGGCGAAACCGACGCGUCUGCUCGCGAACGCACCGCGCGCACAUUGGCGUUGAUGAACGUACCGGACACGGUGAACGACGCCCGGAUCCGCAGUCUCGUGGAGCCGUACGGACAGCUGAUCAAGGUCGUCCUACGACCCGACCACCAGGGAGCGAUUGUGGAAUUCGCCGAUGUCCAUGCCGCGGGUAAAGCGUCGUUGGAGCUGAGUGGUCAAGAAAUCGCCCCGGGUCGACCUCUUCGCGUGGGCACUGUACCGGAGAUGUUGAAACAGUCGGCGGAGAAAAAGAGCGGGCCGGGUCCCCAGGCGAACAAGUCAAAGGAGAAGACCGGGGGGUUCUUGGCGCCGUCCGGGCCGAUCAAACGACCCACGCAGCCUGGAUCAUAUGGUGGUCGGCGCGGAGGAUUGGGGGUGAAGCGGGCCAAGGCGCCGACGGGUGCACCGCGGGAGCAUAAUGGUGACAAGAAGGGCAUGACCACGACGACCACGACGAUGACGAGCGACAGCGCGACCUCUGCGGAAGGAGGGAAGCCUCAAAAGAGCAAUGAUGACUUUCGCGCGAUGAUCCAGAAGGGUCGAGGGGAGUGA